UGCAGCUGUAAAUAGUAAUAACGGCGGUCUCAUUUAUCGAGAACUUGUUCUGCUUGUUAAACAAAGUGACCUGGUCCCCGACCUUGGACAACAACAACAACGGCAACGGACGGCUACAAAAAUAUUAAUUUCUGAGCAAGUGCAUAAAAUCAUAAGAAGAAACAAUGACAACAACAGGCGGCAAUUGGUGGGACGGAUGGAAAAUAAAGUCGAUAACAAGAGUUAACUUUAUAGAUUUCUAUACAUUGUCCAAUAUGAGAUGUGCAGAUAUGGAGAUGGAGUUCCUAAAGUGUGCUGAUAGAGUUGGGUUAAUGUAUUCUAAGGAGAGAUGCAAGGAUACUUUUGAAGAUUGGAAAGAAUGCACUUGGCAGAUGAAAGCUAAAAAAAGAGCACAAGCUAUAAGAAGGGAGAAAGUACUUCAAAACAGACCAGAUAUGAAAGAUGCUAGGGAUGAUAUGAGAGUGGACUCGUGAAAGUUUUUUACCAUUAAACAUUGAAUUUUCUGAUAUUUGUUACAUAAUAUUCGUAUUCUGUUCACAUAGAAGCUUGAAAGAUCAAAGAUGGAUAUUUGGAAAGUAUUUAUAAAAGUUGUAGACACUUUAUUGAAAUGUUUUGAAGAAGAUUUGUGAGAAAUGUAACAAAUACUGAAUGUGGUUAAUUAUUUUAAAACUAGGUACAAAAGUAUGUUAAAAUAAAUUCUGUUUUCAUAUUA